GCUCGCCCGUUCAUCCCUCACACAGCGUUCCCAGUCAGCGUGCCAGCACCCUCACGUUCGCUCGCUCUCGCUCGCCCCGCCAGCCGAGAGAGUCCGUCUGGCUUGGCCUAGGUGCCAUGAACAAGCAGCAGGGCCACAGCCCACUCCUCGUAGGGCCCGGCAUGGCGAGGCGUGGGAUUGUCAAUCAUCCAUGGCCAUGAUGGGUGUGGUGACGGAGCGUGGGGCCAUGGGCGUGAACGUGGAUAUCGACGUCAAACAUGGUUCAAGGUCCUUUUCUCCACCACCAUCACAGACCACAGACACACAGCUGCAAAUACUCUGUUUUCUACAGAUGUACGGAUACGCCGUGGCGUACAAGUGUAUGGAUACCACAGAGCAGAGCCGUCAAUCUUGCGUGAUAACACAGAGGUCGCACCAAACACGCCAAUCCUCUAGCACCGGGGCCGAGAAACACCACUACGGUCACCACGCUCCAAGCAAGGAACCGGCGACGAGUCGACGACGGGCCCGUGGAGCCUCCCGGUCUGCUCGUUGCCGUUUCUGUUGCUGUGUGUUCCUGGGAUCUGCUUUCCUCCGCUCGAUUCUCAGCUGUAGCUUCUCCAGUUCUUUCUCCCUUCUCCGUCUUGUGUUUUUCGCCAUUCAUUACGUCCCGUCUCUCCGCUCCUUCCGCCUGCUUUCCAAGCUUCCCGACUCCAUUGAUCAUCCCCUCUUCGCCCUCCUCCUCCUCUUCCUUGACCUCCUCCCACCCUUCAAACCCUCUUCAACUAGCUUUCCAACUUCCUCAUACAAUGGCGCCUACUUUCCACGAGUGCUACCGCCGUGAGGUCCACUGAUGACACUACCCCACGAUAACGAAGACACUAUUCAUCCAUCGAUAUCUGGAUACUUGACUCGAUAUACCCAGAAAAUCUGCAUCUUCACCAGCAGCUCUAACCUACCCGGUC